ACUUUUAUCUAAACGUUCCAGGCCUGGUCAAAAAUUAAAAUUUUGGUUGUGAAAAUUUCGGGCAAGAUGCUGUUUUUGGGAUAAAACGGCAACUUAAAGACGGCUUUCAGAGCGGAUCGAGUAGAAGAAAGUUGCUAUUAUAAGUUUUACACAAGGUUCCGACGGAUUUCGAGGAGUUCGAGCAACUGGCUGUCGAAAGACCAAGGCACUUCAAGUGACCCUGUCCCACCAAGAUGAAGACGGCGAUUGGUGUGGACCUGGUGGGUUCUAUGGAGCAUGGGGCUGGAGCUGCUUUGUUGGCGGAUAUCAGCUGCCCAUUGCAAGCCACCAGGGACAUCCUGUUCAGAUGCUGUUCCUGCACCCAUGUUACCGCAGAUCAACGAGAAAUUAUCAGCCACCUGGUUGCCCACGGUGCCAUACAAAGUCCCCAGAUCCUUGAGAACUGGUACAGCCGGAAUGAGUACGCUCAAAGUCACUUGCACGAUAAACCUUACGAAUGCAAGGUGUGUCCCCCAGCUUUUCCUAGAGCUAGCACGUUGAGCAGUCACAAUCGAACACACAUAGGUGAAAAGCAUUACCAGUGCAAGCUGUGCCCACGAGCUUUUAGUACAGCUAGAAUGCUGACCUCUCACAAUCGAAUGCACACCGGUGAAAAGCCUUUCAAGUGCAAGAUGUGCCCACAAGUCUUUGCUAGAGCUAGUGGGCUGGCCUCUCACAAUCGAACACACACAGGUGAAAAGCCCUUUAAGUGCAAGCACUGUCUCAAAGCCUUUGCUCAGAAUUGGGAUCUGACCAUCCACAAUCGAACACAUACGGGUGAAAAGCCUUACACAUGCAAGGUCUGCCCCCAAGCCUUUGCUACAAGUUUCAAUCUUACUGUCCACUAUCGAACACACACGGGUGAAACGCCUUACCAAUGCAAGCUGUGCUCCCGAAGCUUUGCUCGGAAACAUGAUUUGACCAAACACAUUCGAUUGCAUACGGGUGAAAAACCUUACAAGUGCAAGCUAUGCCCUAAAGCUUUUGCGGUGAAUGCCUAUCUUAUUGUCCACAAUCGAACACAUGCAGGUGAAAAGCCCUACACAUGCAAGGACUGUCUCAAAGCUUUUGCUACGAAAGGCAGACUGACUGCCCAUAAUGUGAUACAUACAGGUGAAAAGCCUCACAAAUGCAAGCUGUGCUCCCAGAGCUUUGCUCGUAAAUGUGAUCUGACCAGACACAACAAAAUGCAUAACAGUUGAAAAACGAGUCUUCAACAGCUCUGUGCCAACAUAAAAAGAUGAUGAACCUAAGGACAUUCAAAUAAAGAUGGACAGGGAAUGGGUCGUUCCAAUGCCAGCACUGUUCAAGAGGGUUCAGUCAGAGUUGUUCUCUAUUAAGUCACAUCUAGAUUGCACUCUCUAUGUCGUUGCAGAAAGGUAUUCGAGUGGGAGGAUAACUCUUAACAGUUGCACCUCCCAGCAGAUGUAGAAACAGGUUAUGUAAUGCAGUGCACAGUCAAAGGCUGCUAAAUCUUGGUGUUCUACAUCUGAAUACAGAAGGAGCCACAGCCUGAUUGUGUUCUAAGGCACAUUGCAAUCCUGCUUGAGGUAUUGUUUCGUAAGUGGCUGAAUAUUUUUGUAAAAAUGUUUUAUGAUUUCUUUUUCUUGACUCAAUUCUUCUGUAGAUGAAACCUUGCAACUAUAAUAAAUGUUGCACCAAA